UUUUUUUCUUUUUAAUUUUCCUGGUUCUUCUUCCCCCACAAACCUGGGUUCACUGGUUCAGUACCAAAGCGUGCGUGCAACAUAUUUCGUCGUAAGAAAUGACCUCUCAAAUUCUUCAGCGUGGCAACUGCUUGCGAUGAUGCUACCUCGCUUAAGCAAAAUAAUGGAGAUGCCCGUUUCGAUAUGCACGUCGUUAGCACCAACCGCGUCAGAAAGGGGACGGGCCGUGCGACCAACGACUUCCUGUUCCAUCCUACCCAGUUCACCGUAACACUUAGUAAUAGUAUUUGUUGUGUAACAUUAAAUAUUCAUACUGUUAUAGGUAUCUGGGGGGCGGAUGGUAUAUAGUCUUUUAUGUAGUUACCUACGAGCUAAGGGAUAGAGAGAGUUGUGUUGUAUUACCUGACUAUUCUAGGCAACUCGUCAAACUCGGCAAUAUUAUACUAGUCUUUUUUCUCGUCUCUUCAGACCUUCUUAUUCCAAUUUUAUAUACUCAUAACCUUAGGAGAAAAUGGCAUCAGCUCAGAUCCCACGCAGCUCACCCCGAGUACACGAGGGGAAACUUGCCAUUGUAACUGGGUCCGCAAGAAGCAUUGGCGCGGCAAUCAUCCGCAACCUAGCUAGCAAGGGUUGCAACGUGGUGGUGAAUCACGUCACACCAUCGUCCGACCAGGCGGCUCUUGAUUUGUGCAAAGAGGUCGAGACCGCGCACGGCAUCAAGGCCAUCUCGGUCCGCGCUGACGUCAGCAAGACCGAAGGCUGCACCAAGAUGAUCGACGCGGCCAAGGCCGCCUUCGCCAAUCCCACGCUCCAGGUCGACAUCCUCGUCCACAACGCCGCCAUCCUGUACAUGGGCCCCCUCGAGAGCGUCGUCGAGUCCGAGUUCCACCACAUCUACGCCGUCAACGUCCUCGGCCCCACGCUGCUGACGGCCGCCUGCAAGCCGUAUCUGCCCACCGACCGAUCGGGCCGCAUCGUCAUGAUCUCCAGCAUCAACUGCAAGGUCGGCACUCCCAACACGAGCCUGUACUCCGGCACUAAGGGUGCCCUGGAAGCGCUGGCCCGCGUCUGGUGCCGCGAGCUUUCUGAGCGCGCCACGGUCAACACCAUCAACCCCGGCCCGGUCAUGACCGACAUGUACAUGAACGUGGCGGAUGAGGUCAAGCAGGGCUUGGCUCUGUGGAAUCCGCUCACGCCGCUGGUGGCAGUGCGGGAGACGGAUAGCCCCGAGGUGCAGGAGCUGGGAAGGAAGUUUGGCGGACGCGCGGCAUACGAUCACGAGAUCGCGGGAAUGGUUGCGACGAUUUGCAGCCCAGAGUCUGGAUGGUGCACAGGAAGUCUGAUCAGCGCCAAUGGCGGCUUGAGUUUCAGCCUCUAGGCUAAACAGUCUCUCUUGCUGAUCGUGGCGAGAGCCAUGAUCUCAGAUUAGACCUGGUAAUUUUGGACAGCAUGCUGUCUAAUGCGAUGGCAUUCCAAAUAGAAGUGUAAUGCAUGUACUUAGUACAUACAUAUAUAUUCAUAUAAAUAUAUAUAACUACAUAUUCAUGUCAAACACCCA